AUGGAUUCUCAAGACCAAUCUUCCGAUCGUCAAGCUCCGGCUCAAGAUCAAUCAUUUAUUGGUCAAGCUCUGGCUAAGUUCACAAUUUUCCCACAACUUGUCCCAGAUAUACGAAUCAUGAUCUGGAAGGCUACAUUGACUCCUCGUUUAUUGAGUAGACAGUGCUUGAGCGUUAACAGUACUUUACCUCCAAGCUCUAUGACUGUUCCUUCUUUACUUAGUGUUAAUGCGGAGGCCAGAUGUGAAGUAGUAAAAUGUUACAAAAAUAUAGCGAUUUCGGCUGAGCGUCUUCAGGAUCUAAGACUUUCCAGAAGAUCUUGGGUUCCAAAGGAGAAGAAACUCCAAAUUCUCUUCAACCCUGAAAUCGACAUGAUAGUCGAUGAAAAUCUUCGUUGCGAUCUUUACCCGUUAUCCCACUCCAACGACGUAAAUGCUGAUAAGCCAAGCAGAAGCCCACUACUCGUAGACCCCGACUUUGUAAAGAAGGUUCAAGUAUCUACUGAUGUUUUCAUGAAUUCUUUCUGGACUUGGGACCAGACAUUAUGGGACUGGCAAGAUAACUACUACGGAUUUGAGGACAUCAAAUUCAAUCGGUACCAAGGAAACGACAUCAGGUUCGCGGACCUGCGAUUCAACAACUUGAAUGAGUUCAUUGUUCAGGAUGUUAAUUGCGCUCUUCCACAUCAGCUUGACUCUCCGGAGACCAGAGCUAUAUGGAAAGAAAUCCUGGGCACCAUUUUCGAGGCCGAACAAAGGGGCAAGUCGAGCGCCCACAUCCGAUUCUCAAUCCCAAAAAUGGUCAUCCGUCCAGGUGCAAAGGUAGGCCUUUGUGAUCAUUGCAUUGCCCGGUUUACCCCAUGGACCAAGUGGCCAUUGGAAGCGCCAUUGCUACCCGUAGCCUACUUGUAA